AUGAAGCUCUCCCUCAAAUUCCACAACACCAACGAAAAUCAACAAACCCAAAUAAUGACAGCAAAACUACCCAUCACCAUUUUCAACCAUCCCUUACUUUCAACCAUCACCGCCACAGGUAACUCCACUUCCGAUUUCUCAUUCUCACUCUCAACUAAUUUCCCAACUGGUCCAACCUUCAAACUCUCUUACACUCCCACCGCCACAAAAACCUCAUCUCUUCCCUUUUCUCUCUCCCUCAAAUCCGGUUUAGGCCUUUCCGGUUCACCUCGUGAUUCUCCUCUCGUCUUCUCUGCCAAUCUAUCACUCUCUACUCCUUCCUCUUCUAUCCCUCUUCUUCUUCCUUCUUUCUUUCUUCACUUUAAACCCCAAUUCGGUCAUUUCUCUCUCCACAAAACCGUUUUCUCUGAUUCUAACCAUAACCCUAACACCAUCACCAAAACUAUUUCUGAUUCUAACCCUCUUUCUGUUUCGCCUCAAAUCGAAAAGGGUUUUGUUCCUGUUCAAGAUGGAUGUUCCUCCGGUUGGCAAAACUUGAACUUGGAACCAUUUGGUCAUAGAGACGACAACAACAAUAACAGCAACAACGUUGUUGUUGGUGUUGGUGUUGUUCCAGAUGGUAAGAACAGUGAAAAAUGUGGUCUUUCACCUUCUGUUGCUGUUAUGGCUAGAACUAUUCUACCUGUGGCACAAGGGUUAUUGUUGAAAUUUCGUUGGGGUGUGAAUUUUCCGGGGAAUAAAUCUGGUUUGAAAAUACCGUAUUUGACAGUGAAUAAAAUUGGGCUGGAGAGGGUUGAUGAAGUGAAGUUGAAUGAGUUGAACUGUGAGAAUCGCGAAGAUGAUUUGCAGAUGGGGAAGGAUGUGAGUUUAUGGGCAAAAGGUGAUUUGGAGAAGGUUGAGAAGGAGAAUAAAGAGAUGAAGAGUAUGUUGGAUGAAAUGAAAAUGAGAGUUUCUAGUGGUGAAGGGAAGCUUGCGAAUCCGAAGAAACAUCUUUCAGGCGAGAGCUUUCAAACUCGGGGAAGCAAUAACAAUAACAAUGACAGAAAGAAGAAUGAGAAAAAACAACCAAGCAAGUCUCAGAAUGUUGUAGUAGUGGGUGAUUUGGAAUCUGAAUUGGAAAAAGCCAUAAAAGCUGCUGCUACCGCCGCUGCUGCUUCUUCUUAG